AGGUUUUACAUAAUCACGAUGGCGUGCCGCCAAUCAUAAUCGUUUUUAUUGAAUAGAUAGCAGCUUGGUAUAUUGGCCGCCAAUAUGAUACAUUUGAUGGAGAUCGUUUUUUUCUACUGACGUCUGUUGCCAUCGUACAAGAACAGACAGUCGCAUGAAAAUGGUCAUUUUUGUCUAGUGAUUUCCGUAAAAUGCGUUGCAACUGACAUAACUUUUAAUGAGAUUAGAUGAGAACAAUUGUUAGUUAAUAAAAUUACUUGCGAAACAGUGUCACCGAAUUGAUUGACUGGAAUUUAAAAAAAAAAAUCUAACAGAAUGUCGAUGUGAUUUUCGAUGUGGCAGCGAUAAAUCAAAUCGCGCUCAGUAUUCGACUCUUGGUUAGGUCGACGACUAAAUAUUCACAGUCGAUGCUCAAGCAUUUUGUACUGCCGCAAUCUAUCAAUCGCAUCCUUCGUAGCACAUGCAUGUGGGCGCUCUCUCCCGUAUCUUCAACAUUUACACAUAAACACCCAACCCGUAUUCUUUCGUCGAUUCUCUUUCAAUCUCAUUCGAUGCGAAGUGUCAAAUUUGAUAAGUCUAUAUACUGUCAAAUGCAACGCUCAAUAUAACAAUGCACAGAUAAACACAAUGUUUUCAGAACUAAACACAAUUUCCAUGCACAUCUUCAACACAAUUUAAAAUUCCAUCAAUUCGAUCAUUCGCAAAUCAAUUUGUUUAUGGGGUGAAAUCAGACGAAAAAAAUAUAUUGAAUAUAUUUUUCGAAUAACUUUUGAAUAGAGCGCCACCACCGAGUCUGCGUAUUUUUUUGGUAACGUUCCACCAUCUGACACAAGUUGUACGUUUACAUCGUUUUGGCGCUGAUCUCAUGUACGCACAAACGCAUACAUGUACAGAAAUUCACUCAUACCAACAUCAUUUGGCAUCAUGGUACUGGCUUUCAUUUACUGUAAAUUUUCAUUCUAAUGGCGGCAGUCGGCGAUUAGAGUAUGGCAUCCACAUAAAUAUUUUUUCAUCGUCAAAUAAAAUACAAUCGAGCCAUUUUUUUUUGGAUUAUUUUAUCAUUUACACGAAUAUUGUUCAAAAAAGAAAUUGAAUUGAAGUGUUGUUUUGUGCGGAAACACUUGAUUUUACGAACGAAAGAAUAUUCAACAUUCAGAGAAUUUUUUUUUUUGGUUUAACUUGGUGAACCGGUGCAGUCGAGUUAAAAUAAAGAAAAGAGAGCGCAAAAGAGUGAAACAAAGUAGAUAGUUGUAUUGGAACGGAGAGAGACAAAGGGAAGAACUAUUACUCGUGUAUAUUUUUUUCUUUCUAUCGCUUGUUUGUGGGUGCAUUGAACAUACCUACAAGUAACAAGAGGAAAAGUCGAAAGAAAAAAAAAACAGUCAAACAUGGCCGAUGGUGUAGAUAUUGAUUUAUACUCGGAUGAUAUUGACCAGAAUUUUACGCAAAUGAAGGAUGGCGACUAUGGUGGUGAUGAUGAUUUGUAUGAUGACGUAGUUGCAGCUCCUUCAUCCGAGCCUCACGAACGCAAUGAUAAUGAGAAUGGGUCAAUUCCACCAACCGAACGACCAGAUGGUAAUGAUGCCAACGGUAGCUACUCACACAUGGGCAACACGUUCGCACCGAAUCAUCCAGGGCGGCGCCAUCAAUUGUACGUCGGCAAUUUAACAUGGUGGACAACGGAUCAAGACAUAACCGAUGCGGUCAAUUCGGUUGGCGUCAACGAUUUCCAAGAG